AUUCACAUAGUCGGUUGACGAAAAUGGCUACAAGAGGAGGGCCGUGGGUUACUGGAACUGAUGGAAGCGAUUUUAGUCAUCGUCAGAAAGUGGCUUCUCAUUAUCAUGUUAGUGCCCUCUACAAGCAGCGAUUGCGGUUUUGUAUCUUUAUGCAUUCCCUGCUCUUUCUUGUGAUGUGUGCCAAACUCUUAGAGGAUGUUCUGGACCGGUUGGACGUGUUUAUCUUGGAGAUAGAGGAGCUGUACAUCCCCAAGCCACUCAUCUGGGAAUGGAUCUGGCUAGGUGGCAUAGUUUUUGCUUUUGUUGGCCUUUCUGCUGCUCGACGUAACAAACUUUCUUCUAUAAAGAUUUAUGCAGUUGGAACCUUCCUCUUUGGAUUAUGCCCAGUUAUAGGAGCUGGAGUGUAUUUUUUCAGCGAAAUGUGGGAAUAUGCAGAGACACGGGACAGUUCGAACCUGGAGCAAUGGCAGGGAUAUCCACUGGCAGUUCUCUGGUACAUAUUCAUCACACUAAGCUCACAAGUACACCUUUUCUCACUGUACUUUGCCAUCAAACUUAUCCGAGCUUGGAGGUUAAAGAGCUCCAACAAAAAAAUUAAUUAAAUGUUCUGAAAAUUAAA